CAGGAGCUGAUCCCUUGGGAGCAGAUGGUGAAUGGUGACUUACCUCGACGCCUGGAGUCUGAAGAGAGUUUGUAUUUAGCAGUACAGUGCCAUUGUCUUGGAAGACCUCAAGAAUUCCAUUAUACAGACCACAAAGAAGACUGGGUAAUACAUGUCAUCAUGCACCUGCAAGACUUGCACCUUGCUGUCAUAGUGCUGCUGCUCUGUGUCAACUCUUUGCAUUGCGCUAUUCUCUCUGCUGCAUCUUCGUACGAGUUCACUGCCUACAGGAUGCAACAGUACAACCUGGAAAAAAAGAUACAUGGUUGCCGAGGUGCCAUCAUUGUGGCAGAGGCCCGGUCCGCUGAUGAACCAGCGCUGACCCGCCGCUGUGUCAUCAUGAGGGUGGUGGACUUCACCACCAAAUCAUACACUGAGGCUCAGAGACAAAACGCUGCCGCCAUUCUGAUUCUGUUGCCCAAAAAUAUGUCAAGUAUUUUACCUGAAGAAAUACAGUCCUUCAUGAUGAGCGAGAGACAAGCCUUGAUGAAGGAGACUCUCGUGCCAGUGUAUGUGGCCCCUGAGGAUGAACAGCUGCUCUACAUGUAUGAAGAGGUGAAGAAGGCUGCUUCUGCUAGGACCUCGUCUAUAUUCGUCCGAGUCUUUCGAAGUAUGGUAACAGCGACAGCCUUUCAGAUCUUAGUGAGUAACAAUUCCCCCAUCAAGGCCAUUACAGACACCACACUGGUUACAUUGGAAGGUGUACUUCCUGGAGCCGGUGAGGACAUACCCACUAUUGUGAUCACUGCCCACUAUGAUUCACAUGGACUGGCACCAUGGUUGUCCUAUGGAGCCGACUCUAAUGGAAGCGGCGUUGUCAUCUUGCUUGAAUUGGCACGUCUCUUCCAGAUUCUUUAUAGUAGCCCAAGAACUAGGCCACGCUAUCAUUUAAUGUUCUCCCUCACUGGAGGAGGAAAGUACAACUUCCAAGGCACCAAGAAGUGGAUUGAAGAGAACUUGGACCAUGCUGAAUCAAGCCUGCUUCAUGAUAAUGUGGCAUUUGUGUUAUGUCUGGAUACACUGGCCAAUGGUGAUGAGCUGUACAUGCACGUGUCCCGUCCACCCAAAUCGGACACUCCCAUGUAUGCAUUCAUUCAACAUUUGGACAAGGUGGUUUCCUCCAGAUUCCCGUGGAUGAAGACAGAAGUGGUCCAUAAAAAAAUCAACCUCGUGGGGUCCACCGUUUCUUGGGAGCACGAGCGCUACAGCCUUCGCAGGAUACCAGGAUUCACUCUGUCUCACCUGGAAGACCCUAAAUCCGAGCUGCGGGGCUCCAUCCUCGACACUGUUUCCCAAGUUGACUUCCGGAAAAUGAAGCGGAAUGGGAUCAUCAUAGCAGAGGCUCUGGCACGGUACAUGUACCAGUUAUCUGACAAGGGUUCACCAAAGGAUGUUCAGCUUUUCAAAGGCCGGUUGGACUUCCAUGACAGUCGAAUAUCCAGUCUUAUGUCCUUCCUAACGUCAGUUCCUCGUGCCACACAGCUGAUGGAUAAAGAGCCUGCUCACAUCUUGCUCAUUAACUCGCUGGAGCAUGAGUUCAAACAAAACUUACAGCAAGUGCACAGGCACAUUUUCAGACAGGACAGAAGGGACCCUGAUAUUACAUUUUUUGAUCAAAUGAGACAGCAAAUAGUGAUGUACAGGGUGAAACCUGCUGCUUUUGAUCUCUUCCUGGGUGGCUGCAUCAUGGCAUAUUUGGGCAUUGUUUACUUUGCUAUACAGAACUUUGACUAUGUCUACACUAAACUAAAGGCGGCAGUAAAACCAAAGCACCACUAAAACGGUCCGGAAUAUUUGAAGGACAAUUUUGACUUUGCUGAGAUGUUUCCAUCAUCAUCAAGGAGAAAAAUAACACCCACACUUUCUGUUUAUCCUUUUACUGCCACAUGUACUUUUUAUUUACUCAAUGAAAGAAUGAAACACUAAUUGAAGGCAAGCAUUAUAUUUCAAUUUAUCCCAUAUAUAAAUAUAUGCUUAAUUGAAAUGAUGCUUAUGAAGUGUGACAAACCACACAUGGACAUUCUAGAGAGUUGAGGAAAGAGUUUAUGUCACAGAUAGCUCAUAAGGAGUUGUGCAGACGUUAAACCCCUUUGGGGAGAUGUGCAAGGGACAGAUGCAUGCUGAGAGAAAAUAAAGGUGACCACAGGUGUUGGGAAGCUUCCAAAAGCCAUUUCCCCCUUGUGCAGAUGCAGCAGACCUAAUCAUGUUUGAUGUAGUUAAUAGAAGACAUUUAAACAACCAUGAGCAGUUUUAUGUGUGUGUUUAGUGGUAGUUAGUAGACCAUGGUUGUGACCCCUGGGUAUGAGUGUUAAAGCCAUUUAUAUUUAAAUGGAGGGUUAAUAGCUAUAUGUGUAGCAAAGAAUAAAAAAUAUGAAUGAAGGCUAAAAAAAAUAGAACACAUAUCUUGAGCAGAGGUGGGUAGUAAGAUGUUACAUUUUCCUGCUUUAUUCUAAAUAUUAGAUUUAUGUUUUUUUUUUUUUUUUUUUUGCCAGCAAUGCCAACAGUAACUCUAGUAAUUUCACCAAUGAGACCUCGCAACAAUAAUCACAUGACUUCAUAAUGCCAAUCCGACGCAAGUGUUAUCAUUCUAUGAUCACGCCAUCCUGUUGAAUCACGUGCCGUUUUUAAAGCACCGUAAAAAAUGAAGUAUUUGACAUAGAGUGCUCCCCUCAACAUGACUCGAAACCGCAGAUUUUAACCUCUCUCCCAGUUUUUGUUUGGUGCCAAAUGACCACAGAAAAACUGAGAUAUGAUCCUUUUAAUUUCAUAAAAGUAAUUAUAAAGGAACUAUUCACUAUUCAAACUAAGAACUAUUUUCUCCACCAGAAGACACUCAUGCUCUUUGGACGAAUAAUGCUUUAUUUCUGUCUUUUUUUUUUUUUUUUUUCUCUCGGCGAAAUCCAUUGACCCCCCCUUCUUUUUUUGUAUUUCUUUGGCUUAAUGUGGUUGUGUAAUGGGUUAUUGUACAGUAUCAUUAUAACAGCAAUUCAUAAACAUACUGUAUACUGUAACUUAGUGUAGAGAAAAAAAAUAUGCCAUUGUAAAAAAAAAAAUAAAAUAAAAUAAAAACUAUCAAAAAUGUAAGCAGUUAUUCACAAUGUUACUCAUUACUUGAGUAUUCUUUUCACUAAAUACUUUUUUACUUGUACUUGAGUAAUUUUUUUGGAUGACUACUUUUACUUUUACUUGAGUAAUAUUAUUUUGAAGUAACGCUACUCUUACUUGAGUACAUUUUUUUGGCUACUCUACCAUAUGCGGAGAUUAUGGGGAGGCUGGUGGUAAAAAUAUAAUCGCAUGUAGUGAACUUUCCAAGAUAUUAAUUUAAAAUUAAGACU